CAUUACUAUAAUAAUUGUUUUAGCAGCUAUAACUAAGAGAGCUCAGAUUCCUUUCUCUUCAUGACUUCCUGCUGCUAUAGCAGCUCCUACUCCUGUUUCUGCUUUAGUUCAUUCUUCUACUCUUGUUACUGCUGGUGUUUAUUUAUUAAUUCGUUUUAGACCAAUAUUGGAUACUUAUAAUUGUGGUUGAUUUUUACUUUUAAUUGGUUGUAUAACUAUAUUUAUGGCUGGAUUGGGCGCUAAUUUUGAGUUUGAUUUAAAGAAGAUUAUUGCUCUUUCUACUUUAAGACAACUUGGUUUAAUAAUAAGAAUUUUGGCUAUAGGUUAUCCAAAGCUUGCAUUUUUUCAUUUAUUGGCUCAUGCUUUAUUUAAGGCAUUAUUAUUUAUAUGUGCAGGUUCAAUAAUUCAUAAUUUGAAGGAUUCUCAGGAUAUUCGUUUUAUAGGAUCAAUUGUUAAUUUCAUACCUUUAACUUCAGUUUGUUUUAAUGUUUCUAGUUUAUCUUUGUGUGGAAUACCUUUUUUAGCGGGAUUUUAUUCAAAGGAUUUAAUUCAUCUUAAACAAACCAUCUCAAGAAUUAAAUCCUUUGAAUAAAAUGCCGCUAAAAAAGGUAUUCCACACAAAGAUAAACUAGAAACAUUAAAACAAACUGAAGUUAAAGGUAUGAAAUUAACAAUUGAUCCUAUAAAACGAAUAUCCUGAGAAUCCUUCAAAUUAUGAAUUAUUGAACCUGCACAUAUAAAUAAUAAUGCCUUAAAUAAAGCAUGAGCCAAUAAAUGAAAAAAUGCAAGCUUUGGAUAACCUAUAGCCAAAAUUCUUAUUAUUAAACCAAGUUGUCUUAAAGUAGAAAGAGCAAUAAUCUUCUUUAAAUCAAACUCAAAAUUGGCGCCCAAUCCAGCCAUAAAUAUAGUUAUACAACCAAUUAAAAGUAAAAAUCAACCACAAUUAUAAGUAUCCAAUAUUGGUCUAAAACGAAUUAAUAAAUAAACACCAGCAGUAACAAGAGUAGAAGAAUGAACUAAAGCAGAAACAGGAGUAGGAGCUGCUAUAGCAGCAGGAAGUCAUGAAGAGAAAGGAAUCUGAGCUCUCUUAGUUAUAGCUGCUAAAACAAUUAAUAUAGUAAUGAGCUUUAUUUCAAAAGAAUUAGAAAUAAAAUCAUAAUAAUAAAUAUAAUUUCAGCCACCAAAAUUUAACAUUCAUGCAAUAGAAAUUAAAAUAGCAACAUCACCAAUACGAUUAGAAAGUGCAGUUAAUAUACCAGCACUAUAAGAUUUUACAUUUUGAUAAUAAAUAACUAAACAAUAAGAAACUAAACCUAAACCAUCUCAACCUAAUAAAAUUCUAAUUAAAUUAGGACUAAUAAUUAAAAAACCUAUAGAAAGAAUAAAUAUUAAAACAAUAAUAAUAAAACGAUUUAUAUUCUUUCACCAGAUAUAUAAUCCU